AUGUGCUCCACAAAACAACUACAACGACAACGACAACAACGACAACAACAACGACGACAACAACAACAACAACAACGACAACAACAACAACAACAACAACGACAACAACGACAACAACAACUACGACAACAACGACAACAACGACAACAACGACAACAACAACUACGACAACAACAACUACAACAACAACAACUACAACAACAACCACAACAACAACGACAACAACAACAACGACAACAACAACAACGACAACAACGACAACAACAACAACUACAACAACGACAACAACAACAACGACAACAACAACAACAACAACGACAACAACGACAACAACAACUACGACAACAACAACUUCAACAACAACAACGAGAACAACGACAACUUCAACGACAACAACAACUGGGCGUAAAAAACUAUCAUGUAUAA